AGAGAGAGAGAGAAGAGUCUUUGGGGGUUAGUUUUUGUGGUAUUUGUUGGUGGGAAUUUUUUAGAGAGAGAAGGGUUUGGGUAGGGGGGGAGCGGAUUGAUAGCUGGCGAAGGUGGGUUCGGUCAGCGAACGCUUCCACAGCAUUGUUUCCCGGCUCCAGGAUGUGUAGUUGAAAGGAGACAAGAGUGAAAGAGGAGAGAAGGAAGACUUGGGCGUCGUCCGAGUAGCUGGGUCGUCGUCGGAAGAAGAUCUGAGGCUUCGCCUUCGGAAAUGAGCGCGUCUCGCUUCAUUAAGUGUGUCACGGUCGGGGAUGGUGCGGUUGGUAAAACUUGUAUGCUCAUUUCCUACACCAGCAACACAUUCCCCACGGAUUAUGUGCCAACUGUCUUUGACAAUUUCAGUGCAAAUGUGGUUGUGGAUGGGAACACCGUCAACCUAGGGUUGUGGGAUACUGCUGGCCAGGAGGAUUACAAUAGAUUAAGACCUUUAAGUUAUCGUGGUGCUGAUGUGUUCCUGUUGGCAUUCUCUCUCAUUAGCAAGGCUAGCUAUGAAAAUGUCGCCAAGAAGUGGAUUCCUGAACUGAGGCAUUAUGCACCUGGAGUUCCCAUAAUUCUUGUUGGAACAAAGCUUGAUCUUCGGGAUGACAAGCAGUUUUUCAUAGACCAUCCUGGUGCAGUGCCUAUUACUACAGCUCAGGGAGAAGAGCUGAAGAAAUUGAUUGGAGCUCCUGCCUACAUAGAAUGCAGUUCAAAAACACAGCAGAAUGUUAAGGCAGUAUUUGACGCAGCCAUAAAGGUGGUACUCCAGCCUCCCAAGCAGAAGAAAAAGAAGAAGAGAAAGGCACAGAAGAGCUGCUCCAUUUUGUAAUCAAACAAAGACUUUGGUGUGAAAGAAAAGAUAACCCCUACCAGCCAGUCCUCUCUCUGCAGUUUUUUCUCCCAUGCUGUUGUUCCAUUCCUCUUCCCCUACCUCCUGAGGAAGCUGCUGGCCUUUGGUGUAUUAUAUAGUCUUCAACUGACAGUUGUAGGGAGAGAUCUCUGAAAGAAUCAGGUGGUUUAUGUCUCGCUUUCUCGGUCUUCUGUGGUUUGCAAUUGAUGGAUGACUCAGCAUUACAUAGUUACAACAUGCAUAGCUCUUUCUGUUUUGUUUUGUUUUGUUUUGUUUUUUUUUUUUCUUGUUCUCCUUUCCAGAUUUUAGGAUCCAUCUCUCAUAUGUUAACCAGAUGGGAGGAAGGCCCCAUCUGAAAAUGAACUACUGUUUCAUUGCCUGGACAUGGUUAUAUUCAUAUUUUGUAUCCCUAUUUAAGAAUAUGCUUCCACAGGUUAGCUA